CCAGUUUUUCUCAUAAGAAUAAUAAGGAUUCCAUCAGGCUUCAGCUGGAAUUUCCACGCCGCUGUUUCUCAAUCGUCGUUCGGCUGUGUCUGCUGAAGAGCGUUUCUGAUUACAGGAAAUUACUUGAUUCAUUGCUGUACGACCUCUGUAAAUAUUGUGACUUGCGGAAAGAAACUAUGCUUUCAGGACUGAAGUUCAUACCACGGGAUCAAAUUGAUAAAGAAAAAGAUGACACAUUCAGCGCUUCAAGGAAUGAGAGAAAAAAAUCAGGGCAUAGGAAGGAAAAAUCGGAGAGAAAGAAGAGGCAUUCCCAUUAUAGUAGUUCUGAUGAUGAAGGCCUUGAAAGAAUAAAAAGUGGGUCUAGAAAGAAAAAGAAGUGGUAUGAUUCAGAAGAGGAUUUGUCUUUGUCUUCCGAAAAAAGUGGUAGCGAAAGUGAUCAGGAGCAUCAUCGGAAGAAACAUAGGAGGCGGAAAGGGAAAAAGAAAAGGCGUGAUGAUAGCUCAGACAGUGAACGGAAAAGUCGGUCAAAGAAGAGAGCUAGUCGUAGAAGAAAAAAUUAUUCAUCUGAAGAUGAAUCGUUGAGUUGUUCUGAGAGAGAAGAUAACUGUGAAGAAGGGAGUCACGAUAAGGGUGGGAUGAGUAGAUGGAAAGAUGAUGAGAAAUGGGGCAAAAAGAGUGACCAUAUGGAAAAUGACUUGAUUGAUGAUAAUAGAGGAUCUCAAUCACAAAACUCCAGUAGCAUUGUGAGGAAAGAAAUGGGGUUGGAAUGGAUGCUUCGACCGAAAGACAAUACAGAGAAGGCUUCUAAUAAAUCUUUUCAUAAUGAGCCUGAGGCAGCUCCAGAAGAAGAGAUAAAGAAGGAUAAUCCUAGGGAACUAAAUCCAUAUCUUAAAAAUAAUGGGAGUGGUUAUCCAGAAGAUUCAGAUGGAGUGGAGACUGGGGGCAAACCAAUCCUAUCUACUGCUGUUAUUGGUGAUGGAGGCGCCAGCUGGAGGCUUAAAGCUUUGAAAAGAGCCCAAGAACAAGCAGCGCGUGAGGGACGGAAACUUCAAGAGGUGGUUGAAGAGCGCUGGGGUUCCAUGGGUCAUUUUGCAGCUUCUGUGGCUUCUCAUAGUGUUGCGCCAACUCAUGCCCAUCUUCAAGCCAUAAAACAUAGGAGGAAGGGACUAUUUAAUGAAGAAAAGACAAAUAUAGAUGAAGAAAAUGAUCAGAGUAAGAAGGAUUUUGAUCAGAAAAGCGUGAAGGAUUUUCAGCCUAGGCAUCCUAAAAUGAGAGUGCCGAAAGUUGAUGAUUCUUUGUCUUGGGGGAAGCGGGGAAGUAAAAAGUUGUCAACUGAGGAUACUGCUCUUGUCUCUGCUGCCUUGUCCAGUUUAAAUAAGUUUUCCAAUGAUGGAAGAUUCAUGGACGCAUUUAUGCAUCAGAAGACGGGUGAUCCCAGCAAUUCCUUGAAUUUUGAAGGAAGAGGUGGUCCAACUUCAGAUGGAAUUGUGCACGGAGAAACCAAAGAUGAUGCUGGAACAGUUAAGCCAGACAUGAGUGCAAAUCAAUUGGCUGCCAAGGCCUUGCAACUCCGUAUGAAAGGAAAGCAUGAGGAAGCAGAGAAAGUGUUGAAAGAAGUUGAGAAUAUGAAAGAGAAGCAGAAUAUUAGCAAUGAAUCAAGUAGACAGAGAAUUGAUGGGACCACAAGCAGGAUUAUUAUGCAAGACGUAUCUGCAAGGCAAAAGAAGAAGGAGGAUGAUGCAGAUUUGCAUCUAGCUCAAAAGAUCAUGCAUAAUCAUCGAUACAGCAUAUCUAAUCAGGCGGAUGAAGAAUAUGAUUAUGAUGAUGGUCCAAGGAGGAAGACUCGAAAGAAAGGAGGGGCUGGCAAUCAUAAAGCAUCUGAGAUAACUCAUUCUGCAAACCGAUUCUUGACUCAGCAGGACCGCUGCCAAUUUUGCUUUGAAAAUCCAAAUAGACCCAAGCAUCUAGUUGUUGCUAUUGCGAACUUUACUUACUUGUCACUACCUCAACAACAACCUGUUGUCCCGGGUCAUUGUGCCAUCUUAACAUUGCAGCAUGAAUCUUCCACGAGAACUGUUGAUGAUAACGUGUGGAAUGAAAUUCGAAACUUCAAGAAAUGCUUGAUAAUGAUGUUUGCGAAGCAGGAGAAGGACGUACUGUUCCUUGAGACUGUGAUGGGACUGGCACAACAGAAGCGCCACUGUUUGGUUGAGUGCAUUCCUUUGCCCCAAGAUGUUGCAAAGCAGGCACCUGUAUACUUCAAGAAGGCAAUUGAUGAAGCUGAAGAUGAAUGGAGUCAGCACAAUGCUAAGAAGCUCAUUGACACAAGUGAAAAGGGCCUCCGAAGUUCUAUCCCCAAGAAUUUCCCAUAUUUCCAUGUUGAAUUUGGACUGGACAAGGGAUUUGUUCACGUGAUAGAUGAUGAAAAAGAAUUUAAAAGCAGCUUUGGCCUCAACGUAGUAAGAGGUAUGCUCCGUCUGCCGGCUGAGGACAUGCACCGACGUCGGAGGAAUGAGCCUGUAGAUAUACAAAAGCAAGCAGUUGCCAGUUUUGCACGGGAUUGGGAACCUUUUGAUUGGACAAAGCAGCUGGACUAAUUUAUUGUUCAGAAAGUGUAAACACUUUUAAAGUUGUGUUUUUGUUAUCAAGUUUCCAGUCUUGUGCCACCUUAUUGGUGUGGCCGAGUGAAGUUAACUGAGAAGAAAGGUAACUUGAAUGGACAUUAGUUGUCUGUUUAUCGCCUUUGGAUUGAGUAUGACCCAAUGGAACGACUGGUGGAUGGUGGAUUAUGGGGAUGUAUGGGUGGUGCUCAUCACUUACGCACUUUCAAGUCCAAUGUAUGGGGUUUGCCAUUCAAGAAUCUCAUGUAGGUCAGAGCUUCUGCUGGUUCUUUUGCUAGAUAAGUCGUGUAAUGCUGCAGCUACAGGCUUGCAUCUGAGCUACUACGCUGUAGAUCAGUACUGUCUAUAUGUUGCUGAAAAAAAUAGAGAAAUUUUGUUCCUUUUUUUCUUUUUGAUGUUGUCAAUAAUAGUCAUGUGGACAAAUCCAUUCUUCGACGAAUCUUUUUAAUUUUUAUGAUA